GAUUGCUCGUCACAAUGCCUGCUGGCCAUUCUUUCCGGACUCGAGCAGUCUUCCGAUGGAUUGCUUUGUACAGUAGUGCACCGUUUUGUACACACAUGCUCAUGUAAAAGCCAACGCAAAAAGGCAAAAAAGCCUCAGAGUCUCCAACAGUAACAACAGCCGCCUUGUCAUAUCCAUAUCCAUAUCCAUAUCCAUGUCCAUGUCCAUAUCCAGAUUCAUCUUCAUCUACACAUCCAUACCCAUAUUGUCCGUCAACCUGGCACCGGGCCCAUCACAUCGUAUCCAUCCAGAUCAUGCAGAUUGACCGAGAAGAGAGAUACGCUACCCAAAGUAGGCUAUUUCUUCCAAAUUAAAAAGAAAGAUUUGCUCCUUGUUACUACUCCAUUCUUGUGGUUCCCCGAGGCUAAUUGCCGAUCAAUCAAUGUGUUUGAUAAUUCACCAAAUACUUUCAACUAAUUAAUCAUAUAAAAAAUUCAGGACUGCUCAUAAAAUCCUACCGAUAGCUACCGACUCGAGUUACUGUUUGCUGUGUGCGCACUGCACUGCACUGGACUGGACUGGACUGGACUGGAUUGCCCUCGUUCUCGACGGAGAUCCAAGCACGCCUGCUUCAUAUACUAUACUUCCUGCGUAUAUCUGCUGGCCGGUCCCUACCUCUUCUAAUAUCUGGACUGUGCUGUGCUGUGCUGUGCAGUGCUGUGCAGUGCAGUGUACGGAAGCAAAGAAGCAAGUACCCCGUGCACGUUAUACGUUAUUCGGCUUCGACUGACGGGAGCCAAAAUGAAAACAAUUCUCACAAUUCUCACAAUUCUCACCACCACAAUAAUAACAAUCAAUGACUUGGUGCAUUUCAUAACAGUGCCGUGUGUACCUACAUGUCUACAUGUCUCCAUAUCUCCAUAUCUCCAUGCCCUCCUACCAGAUGCCUACUAGGGACACUGCCUGACCCUGCCCUACCUCCCAGCCUACCCAACGGAAAACUGGAGAAUUUGAUCUUUUCACCUCGCACCUUUCUUCCCUCCUCGAAUGAAAAGGCUGCCCUCCACCGUUUGACGACCAUCGACACAGGUACUUAUUAACAUCUACCUGCCGCCCUGCCUACCUGACACAAGUCAAUGCCUUCCACCAGAGAUAUAUGCAAUAAACAAUCAACCAGGAGACAUCACACUAUACACGCACAAAUAUUCACCGGUGUGGACUCGAACCCCGAACUCCCUACCGACCUACCUAUCUACUCCUCACGUCAAAUCCAAUCCAAUCCAAUCCAAUCCAAUCCAAUCCACACGAAUCCACACAGAUUCACAAGUUCACAAAUUCACAAACUCACACAGUCACAUAUUCAACAAAUUCUCAUUCCUCGGAUCGUUUCCGAACCAAUAGCAUUAUUUUUUCUAUCAUUUUAAUCAACUCCCUCCCCCUUGGUACGUACAAAACUGAUACCCACCUAAUAAGUACACAUAGCCAAAACCCUAGCUAUUAGCCAUCUUCUAUUCUUUCUGCUUUGUUAUUCCCUCGGGCUCGGAUUCUUAAUUGGAAGCUGGGGAGAAGAAAAAAAAAUUAACCAAAAAAUACUUCUAUAAUUUCUAUUUUGGAAUUUCAUAAACUAAAAUCUCAUACUAUCUUUACUAUCUUUCUUAGCUUCACUAGCUUUUUUUUUCUCAUCGUCCAUAUCCUGGAUCUCUUCCUUACAACCUUGUCUUUCUACAGAAUCACUUGUCACCGAUCUCCCGUCCCUUUCUAUAACCGGCCAAUACUUAAUAUUUACCAAAUCUUAAUUCCUUACUUUAGUUUUCAGCUUUCUUAGCUGUUAAAGCCUCUUUCUCCUUCACGGUGACGCAGCAACUUCUGGGUAGGCUAGCUGCCUGCCUUAGAAGAGCUGCAGUCGCUUUACAACUUUAGGUUCUGGCGACGUCAAGAAGAUGGCAUUGAUAUUGCCCAAGGGCAUUGUGGUCAAUUCUCCUCAGAUUGGAAGCACCAUCGAGAGAAUCAAGAAUGAUCCUUUGGAUCUUGCAGACAUUGCCAGAUUUUGGAAAGUCUAUACCACAACAAAACGAAGACUUCUCGACCCUACCGCUGAGCGUUUAGAGAAUUAUUGGUGGCGAAUAUGGGGGAGUCGAAGUCGAGAGUUGGAUGCUUCCACUGUUGCUCGACUUUUCGUACAUAUCUCAGAGGGUGACACUUUUGUGCCACUUAGAGGACCCCCCAAUCGCUAUGAAAAUGAAAAGCCAAUGAAUAGUGCAGCCUACAUUGGAAAGACUGCCUCGACUACUUCUGUUGCUCGUGUUCGCAACGAUAGCCGAUCAAGUACAACGCUGACAUCAGUCACCCGGACACCUGCUCCCAUGCCACCCCCAAUAUUGAAAAAGACUCGAGGUCCUUCUGCAAACGGUCCUCGACCGACGGCACGAUUCAUAUCUCCGCCAGCCUCAGAAGACGAGUCUGGUAGCACAAGCACAAACAAGGGCGUUGUACAAUCACCUUCGCCAAUUCUUGAGCAUGCGGCUCCUAUCGAGGAGAAAAUCGAGAAGGAGAAGGUUGAUAGAAAGUUAAUGCCUGCACCGGCAAGUAAGAAGUUUGUUGCUUCAGCUUCCAAGAAGAAGAGACCAAUUGUUGUCAGGCGACAGAGUUCACAAACUUCACAGUCUUCUAACGAUAGCUCAGCGAGAGUUCCAGGUGGGCAAGGACAACAGAAUAGGACUUUGGGGAGGCUGCCGACGUUAUCUGUACUACCAGUCAGAAACCAGAACACGCAAGAAAAUGCUGCACCGCGAUCUACAACCUCGCCAACCAAGCGGAAUCCUUCUAGGUCAGCCUCUUCAACUUUGAGUGGUGCGCGCAAACUCGCAAGCACUCGCGAGGAGACUGUUGAGAUUGAGCCCACUCAGCCAGGGCCUUCCGACAACCUUCAGACACUAGCAAACAACCAGGUUUCAGUACCUCAAGUCAGUGAGGCUGAGUUCAAGGUACAAAGAAUGCUUCACGACAAUGUUAAAACAGCCAGCAUGCUGCCACCUGAAACUUCAAGCCCAAAUUCUCCGGCUUCGACCACGUCUAAGGAUUCGAGCAAUGGUAAACCCCCUGGUUACAGGAAAUCGAGUGGGAAAAAUCUUCUACAACACCAGUCUAAAGGCAUGGUCAGCUCGGCGCCAACAUUGACUGAUGCAACUGGUCACCUCGAUCUAGGAAAUGGUAGCCAAAUUGCAGCAGUACCCGCGUCGCCAGAGAGACUAAGCAAAGGCAAAGCUCGAGCUCUUAUGAAAGAUCUCUUUACAAAGAAAUCAUUUUCGCAAGCGGCUCCUUCUAGUCCUAUAUCAGGAAGCUUAGCAUCAAGCCCUUCAGGACCUUUAAGUAAAAGCAAGUCGCAACUUUCGCUUCUGCUCGAACGAGACCAAGCGAGGAGUUUAGAACCUAGGACAUUACCGAAACAUGAGCGAAAACAGUCCAUGAAGUAAUUUGCAUGCGAUAUACGAAAAAUCAACGCAUAGUUUGUACAUAUAUGAUCGAUUGAGAGGAGCAAGAUAUGCACGAUGAACAAAAGUGUUUCCAAGGCGCAUCGUUUCUAUCACUGCAUCAGAGGCGCGUUUCUGGAACAGGAUUGCUAUUGGUGUCAUGGAUAUUGGGAGUCAAUCGGUUGCACAUCUGGCUACGGAGUUUUGGGAAUGAUUGCAUCUGGGAAUGGAGCUUUUGAAAUACCUCUAGAAGGGCUUAUUAUCAUGAUUAGCGAGGAAGAUCAGCACCCCCAUGAUUUACAUGCAAUAUAAGUAAUUGAUAAGGUCUGGUUGGUAAGCCUGUGCAUGGUUGUAAAAAAAAAAAAAUGGUGAAGUGUAAAUUAUCUGGGCCUGAACUAUCUCAUCACACUAUUUAUUAAUGACCUGAGGUACAUGAUGAGUAUUUGUAUCUGAAGUUUUUCUUUCCAUGUACUCCCUAACAACAGAUGUAAUUUGGACACUUGAUACUUAUUACUAACUCGACUGCAUGUUGUACAUAUCCGAUUGGUAGAACGGAUGAAAAGCCCCCGAGUUCUCCCCUGGAGAUCUCUUGGCUUCAGAAUUUGUUAUAUUGCGAAUUUGCGGCA